AUGGAAUCAGGGUCAGAUUGGGAAUCAAAAGUGGCCCAAGGAAGGAAAAGCGGUAAAUUGGUGACAGGGUCUGGACAGCUCAGGAUCAUUGAUGCAUGUAGAGAGGGAAGGCUGGUCAGGGUGUUGAAAUCCAACAGACGAGCUUCUGUAGCUCAAAUUGCUGACAAAGUUACUGCUGGUUCUGAUAGAAAGGCGUCAAAACACACGGAGCAUUGCAGUUUGUUGCGUAUGGGGCUGGGUAGCCGCAGACCUGUCAGGUGGACAGGUUCUAUUAAUAUUGAUAUUCAGAAGUCUGCCGUACAAAAAUUCAUGAACAACCAGACAUUUGACUCGGACUUCCACAUUUUAGCAUUUUCUACAUCGACAGGAAAGCAGCCUCUGCAAUUUAUGUUAUUUUUCUUCAUUUAUGUGGUCAGUUUAAUAGGAAACCUAUCAAUAAUUUUAGUGACAUUUUUAGAACGGCACUUACACACUCCCAUGUACUUCUUUUUACGCAAUCUGUCCUUUGUAGACAUCUGUUACAUUUCAGUCACUCUUCCAAAGCUGAUGGACAUUUUUCUAACAGGAAACAAUGCAAUCUCUUUCACGCCAUGCUUUACUCAGUUGCACUUUUUUACAACCAUGGGUUGUACCGAAGUUGUCUUGUUGACUUCCAUGGCGUAUGACCGUUAUGUUGCUAUAUGUAACCCCUUAAUGUACUUUUUGCAAAUGAACUACAGAAGAUGCUCUCAACUUGUGUUGGGCAGCUGGGCAUUUGGCUUCAUCAACUCACUUCUUGUGACCGUAUUUGCAUCCAAGUUAUCAUUCUGCGGUGCUAGAAAGGUCCAGCAGCUAUUCUGUGACAUUAAAUCACUGUUGAAAAUCUCCUGCAGUGACACAGAAGGUUUUCAAAUUAUUGUGUAUUUGGAGGUUUUAUUUGCCGGGCUCUGUCCAUUCAUUUUCAGCCUUACAUCGUACAUUAAAAUAAUAUCCAGCAUUCUGAAGGUACAGUCUACUGAAGGUAGGGUGAAAUCUUUCUCCACCUGCACUUCCCACCUGACAGUCCUUCUUAUAUUCUAUGGAACUAUAUUCUGUAUGUAUAUCAGGCCACCCUCGGAGCACUCGGAGCAACUCGACCAGUUUUUCUCCAUAUUAUAUGUGGCCGUGACUCCCAUGCUAAACCCUUUAAUUUAUAGUUUAAGAAACCAGGAUGUGAAAAAAGCUUUGAAGAGAGUAAUCACUCUGAAAAGUAGACAAUUACGUUUUUAUUGA